AUGGAUUCAUCUAAACAUCAUGCAAAUAAAAAAAGACCACGUAGUGCAUCAAACGAAUACGGAGAAAAUUCGAAAAAAACUCAUAAAUUAUCUGGUUGGUUUGUAGGAUGUUGCACUCAAAGAAAACAUCACAUAAGAUCUAGUAAAAAUGAAUCUAUCGAAAAAGUUUCACUAGUAAAUGAAAACAAAAAUCUGCAAUUAAAAUGCAAUAUAUCACAGCAAUCUACUCGUAUUGAAGAAAUCUCGAAUGUGCAUAUCGUACAUUUGAAACAAUCACCAUUGUAUAGGGAAUCGAGGUUUUGUCAAACACCAUUUGAAUCCUAUGAAGAUUCCUGUAUCAAUUGUACUGUUCAAUAUGGACCUAAUUUAUCGGAAGAUAUUCAUGAAUAUUAUCAUCAGUUAAAUCAACAAUUAAAUAAUGACAACAACAAGUCUAUGCCAAUUGAAGAAGUUGAGGUAUCUGCGAGCAAUUCUCUGCAGCAAGAAAAAUCUAUUGAUCAAGCCGUAAAUUCAUUUAUCAAUAAUAUUAUUGGUGAUGGAAUUGAUCGUCUAUUCAAUAUAAUUACCAUGGCGUCAACUUAUCGUAGUAAACAAAAUGACUUUAGAAUAGAUAAUAAGACAAAAGAAAGUCUUGAUAUUAUUGAACAAAAUCAAUAUUCAGAACUUGUUUUCGAAAAACAAAAUUUAAAAAUAGCGCCGACAAUGAAUCAUCAAUCAUCUGCUGAGCUCUCCUUAGACGAUUUUUCACCUAAUCUCAAUCCAGAUGUUUACCCUUGGAAUAUAACUGUGAGCGAAACACACCGCAAUCAACAGAAAGAACUUGAUAAAAAGAGUUCAUUGGAAAAUCAAGAACCUUACAAUUGGGAUGAUCAAAAAUAUUCAUGUUCAUCAGCGUUUGAUCUAUACGAAAAAGAUCAUUUAGUUGAUAAGUCUGUACAUGAUCCAUCUAAACACAUGUUAGAUAAUGCCCAAGACAAAUCUAUAUCAGAUGAGGAUGACGAUACUAAUCUGUCGUAUUCUGUUGCAUCAGUUUUACCAUCGCACAAAACAAUGAAACCACAGUCACAUACGAAUCAUUUACAAAAUUCAUCUCUGAAUAUUAUAAAUUCAAAAAAGUUUUUUUCGACAUCAGAUCAAGAAAACGAAGAUCAGCAUAUUACAAGCUACAAUAAUUUAUUAUUAAAAAAGAAUUCUAAUGAUUCGUCAGAACUUGUUCUUAACAAAAUUCAAAAAAUAAAUUCAUCAAACUUAACGAAAACUCAUAAUAAUAUUGAAAUGUCUUCGUUUCAUAAAGAUUUACAAAUUCCAAACCUUAGUGAACAAGAAUCAUCGCCUAAAAUAUAUCAAUCGCAUAGACUUAUGCAACAGUCGUAUGAUCAGUCUAGUACAACAUCUGCCAAUGAUCUUUUCAAUCAAAUUAGUUAUGCAAAAAAACAAAACUCAAUAGAUUCAGAUUCAAUUAAUACUGGUUACUCAAUACCUGUUUCAUUGCAUACUUCAGCAUUAUCAGAAACAGCAGCCGAUAGAAAUGAUCAACAUGAAAAACAACGACAACAUGUUGAAAUAAAAAAUAACGUUAAUCAUACUUUUCGUUUUACCUACGACGAUAUAAUGAAUACAUGGCGACGUUUAUUUGAACGUCUUUUAGGUUCCGUUUUAUCACCGUCUAUAAACAACACUGGUAAUAAAAAGAGUUCAUCUUCCUCUAGCACAUCAUCUGAUAGCUAUUCAUGGUCGACACCGAUACCAACAGAAGGACUUAAUAUAACUGAAUCUAAUCAUAUGAGUCCAUGGUGGGAACGACGUGAUGUUUAUAGUCGAACUCCGGCUACACUUAGAUUCGCUAAUGAACGAUUAAGUACUUCGUAUCCAAUAGAAAAAAAUGCUAGCAACAAACAAAUGUGCAUUUCUAUUGAGAAUAGACCAUGCUGUUCUAAAUAUGAUAGUUAUCAGAAUAUAUAUCAUUGCUGUUGUCGUUCAUCGAUAACUAUAAACAACUGUUCAUCAUCAUUUUAA